AUGACGGAUCUUGCACAUGCAGUUAGUAUCAUUAGUAGGUUCAUGGGUGACCCUGUCACUGGUUAUUCUGAUUCUUAUUAUGCUGGAGAUGUUGAUGGUGGGAGGUCCAUGAAUGUUUAUGUAUUUACUCUUGGUGGUUUUGUUGUUAGUUGGAAGGCGACUUUGCAGGCUAUAGUUACUUUGUCUACUACUGAAACAGAGUAUAUGGCGUUGACAGAAGCUACUUAA